CAAUCGAGUGUCCAUUACCCCUCGCAUCAAUUUCGCGCUCUCUGAUAAUCGAGUCUCGGAGUACAGAAUUCCCAAAACCCUCGCCAGCGACGAUGAUGAACAAGUCCAAGCGCAGAGAUCUUGAAGUCUUCGAUUUCAAGGAAGAGGAUGAGAUUGUCAAACGACACCUCAAAUCCAAACGCAACCGCGAUUUUCUCGCUCACGGUGGCCAGGUCAACAAGGUUGCCAUAAAGAAUUUUACCAAUAUUCCUUGUGUUGAUGUAUCGGGUGAUAUUUUUAAUUCGGAAAAGGGUGGUUUAGACCCAUCUCUCAACACGGUGGAAGAUAUAUUUGAUAGAAAAGAGAAGAAUUCUGAGUUGGAAGUUUCCAAACAAUCAAAUUCCACUCGUCAUGAAAAUCGCUAUCAUUUUAAAAUAGAUGUUCAUUACUAUGGAAGAUCAGAGAUGAAGGAUAUAGAUGGUGGUGUAUCUUCACCUGAGAUUAGCCAGAUUGGUCAUUCAGGGUCUCCAUCCAGUAAUGAUUCGGUUGAUGUUAAUUCAGAGGCGGAUGUGUGCAUGAAUGAGAGCGCUUCAACAAGUCCUGCAUCCGGUAUUGCUGAAAAUGUUUCGCUGAAUGGUUGUAGAUUGAAUGGCACAUACAGUUCUGACAUGGAUGACACAAAUACCGAAGUUGUUCUUCAUCCUGAUUAUGUCAUUUACAAGGAUAAUUAUUAUAUGGUGCCAAAGUUAACCUUCUCACGUUGUUGCAUCAAGAUCAUUGUUUCAUCUGAGUGUAUGAAGAAUGGGACCUUUGAUCUUGAAUGGGCAGCUGAUGAUCUCAUAGAUAUUAAGUCUCAGUUUUAUCCAAGUAGUGGAGCGGUCAUUAUAAAGAUUCGUACAAUAACAAGUAAUGCAAGUCAGUCAAAUCAUGCAAGCGACACUUCAGGCAUCGAGGAAUUGAAGAUUGCAGUUGCUGAUGCCAAUUGGUCCCUGAGACAUGAACAGAUCACUUCUCUUAAUCCAAGAUACUUAGCUAUUUGGAACAUUGUGCCUCAUACGGAUGUAGUGGGGGAUGAUACUUAUUCACGUGGAUCAACAUGCUACUUCCCUAAUUUUGAGAAGCCUUUUGUUGAAAUUAUCUAUCCAAAAGGGGAUCCGGAUGCUGUUUCCCUAAGCAAGAGAGAUGUUGAUCUAUUGCAACCAGACACAUUCAUUAAUGACACAAUAAUUGACUUUUACAUCAAGUAUCUGAAGAAUCAGAUACAAGAGGAGGAAAAGCCUAGAUUUCAUUUUUUUAAUAGUUUUUUCUUUCGAAAGCUGGCUGACAUGGACAAAAAUCCAUCUAGUGCUUCUGAUGGAAAAGCAGCAUUUCUACGAGUUCGUAAAUGGACGAGAAAAGUAAAUUUAUUUGAAAAGGAUUAUAUCUUCAUUCCUGUAAACUUCAAUCUUCACUGGAGUUUAAUAGUCAUAUGCCAUCCUGGUGAAGUGGUUAAUUUUAAUGGUGAGGUCUCAGCAUGUGAUCAUCAUAGUGAAACUGUCUUUUCAGAGAUUUAUGGUAUGCUAAAUAUUUCAGAUAAAGAGCUGGACAAGUCGAUUAAGGUACCCUGUAUAUUGCAUAUGGAUUCUAUAAAAGGAAGUCACGGUGGUUUGAAAAACCUGGUGCAAAGUUACUUGUGGGAAGAAUGGAAAGAGAGGUGUAAGGAUGCAUUGGUAGAAGACCUAUCAUCAAGGUUCUUUAACAUGCGGUUUCUUCCACUAGAGUUGCCGCAGCAAGAAAACUCAUAUGAUUGUGGCCUCUUUCUGCUACACUACCUAGAGCUCUUCCUCGUUGAAGCUCCUUUUAAUUUCAAUCCAUUCAAACUAACCAAGUUUUCCAACUUUCUAAAUGUAGACUGGUUUCUGCCUGCUGAAGCUUAUCUCAAGCGAACACUGAUCCAGAGGUUAAUCUUUGAACUUGUGGAAAACAAAGUGUCACAUAAAAUGUCCUCUUCUGACUGUAGUGAUGACCACCGGUACAAAGAAAAUAAUGAGAACCAAACUGGCGUUGACUGUCUUGAAAUCAAUAGGGAUUCAACUACUUCCCAUGCUGGGAAAGGAAUAGAAAUCACUUUGUUGUCCGGAUCAUCAUCUAUGGAUCCCCAAUCUUUAAACAAUUCAGGCUUGGUUCUUAAGGAGCUUUUUGAGCAAGGAGCUACAGCAGGAACAGUACUGGGACAGUGCCAAUCGUUUGACCCGCGUUCAACUGAUUUUCGUUUCAAUGGUUCAAUAUUUCCAGUGGAGGAAAACUCGGAUCUUGGUGAUCAUUUUUUGGAUUUGACCACAGAUCCCAACUUCCAACAAGUUGCUAGAAUUACACCUCAAACGUGCUCUAUGCCAUACUUUCCUAGGGAUUGUGGAGAUGAGACUUGUCAAAUGCCAGACAUCUCUCUGCAAGCAGAGCAUUAUGUGGCCGAGACAUCUAUAGAUGAAUCAAGUGAUGCCUCAGACGAUUUAGAAGAGAUAGGGAUCACGGAAAAUUUCUCUGUUUUGAAUGAACCCCGAUCAUCUAUUGAGGCUGAACGAGGUGAAAAAAGUUGUUCACCCACAGAAAAUCCUGAGCAUUUUAUUGACAUUUCUGGUGAAAGCAAUCUGCCAACCACCUCUGUAGUGGGAGUUUCUCAACACUCUUUCUGUCAAGAAACUCCCGCAAUUACAUUGCAUCAAGCAGUAGGCGACAAGGCCACAUGUGAUGAUGGUCAGAUGAUUGAUGAUAUAGAACCUGAUAUUUGUGAAGAACAAGCUGCAAAGAAGCGCCGGCUUAUGCCUCUGCAAAGCACAAGUGAGGAAAUUGUGACUAGACCCAAUUUGUAGAUGUGGAUGGAUAUGGCUUCUUAUUUUCUUACCUCAGUUUUUCAAUUGUUUCUAGCUUUUUUAUUAUGCUAGUAUGUAAAUAGUGUCCUUUCUUUCUAGUGGUAAUUUUUAUGAUGUUUUCUGGGCAUGCUAUUUCUACGACAGGUUAAGAAAUAUCUGCGAUUAAAGGUGCAACAAUCAAGUCGUUCAA